AUGGAAACUGCAACUGAAAAAUCAAAGAGACCAGAUGGAAACCCUUUAGACCUUAACAAUCUUCCUGAUGACAACUCUAGAGAUCAUCUUUCUAAACAACUUCUUCACAACACCUCCUCACCUGGUUAUAAGGAAAAAGAAGAUGAUAGAAAAGAUGAGGAGUGUGGAAAGGUGUAUGAGUGUAGAUUUUGUUCCCUCAAAUUCUGCAAGUCUCAGGCUCUUGGGGGACACAUGAACCGUCACCGCCAAGAGAAGGAAACAGAGAAAUUGAACAAUGCUCGUCAACUGCUCUUACGUAAUGAUCACAACCUUGUUGCUCAAGCUGCCCUUCACUUAGGAUGUUAUCCAACAAUAGCAACACACAUGGGAGAUCAUCACACAACAGUACCUAUGAGAUACCAAAGAUCAAUGUCUGGUUCAUCAUCCUCAAACCAACAAGUACAACAAUAUUUGUAUGCAUCUUCAUCUUCACCUUCACGGCAAGUAUCUUUCCCAACACACUUGAAUAUUCCACAUCAGCAACAAAUAAACAAUUACCAUAUGAGUCACGUGAUGAGUAACAGCCAGCAGCAACAAUAUGGAGGUGAGUCAAGUAACUAUACUUGCAUAGGUGCACCGGUGAGACAAGGUGGUUAUCCUUCAACAAUGAAUCGGUUUGAAGAUGGAUUGUAG